AUAAAACUGUCGUACGACCGAGAAAAUCUCCCUUUGCGCUUAAUAGGUAUAUUACUAUUGUUCAGUUUUGUUAUUAAACAUUAAUAAUGAGUGACAGAAAAGAGGAAAACGAGGAGAAAAAUGAGUCCGGUGUUGGCUGGAUGGUUGCUGCGGGCGUUGCAAUUGGUGCUGCUGCAUCGGCAAUUGGCUAUAUUGUUGGUAAAAAUUCUAGUCAAGGUUCACAAUGUAAUGAAACCAGUAGCACAAGACAACAGCCUUCCCAAUCGCAAAAAUACCGCAGCCAAGUGUCGACGUGCGAGAAAUGUGCAAUCUGCCUAGACGACAUGGACGUUGCAGUUCUGCCUUGCAGACACACCUUCCACGGGAAAUGUGUCAAUCAAUGGCUCACAGAGAAUGGGACCUGCCCAACUUGCAGGACCCCUGUGCGUAAAAUGCAAUAAAAUACAUUGAUUUCUAUAGAACCAGCUAGAACCGCUAGUCAGCGUCAAUAUGGCGGAAA